AUGCAUAUCCAAGCCCAAAUCCGCGAGGGCAAGCUGCAGGCGACAGAUUUCCGCAUGGACUAUUGGGAAAUGCAGCGAGCCAAGGCUGCGCUCAUCCAGUAUCUCGAGUUUAUCGAAAUGGUGGCUGAAUUGCCUUUGGUCGAUAUGAGCAGCGGUCAGCCCAAGGCUGUCCGACAACCUGGAAGCUCUGCGGCGUCUUCCGCUUCCUCUCGAGAGCAGCAGAGUAACCAGGGCCACCACCACCACCAGCACUACCACCACCUCCAUCAUGACAGUCGUUAUUUCAACGAUGCCCAUUCUGAAUUUGACCCCGACUCAGACAACGAAUCAUUUGACUCCACUGGCCCCAUGGAUAUGGCUUCUGAGCACUCGAGGGAGGCGUAUCGGGAGCAGGGGAGCAAGUACGCGUGGGCGGGAACCAAGGCUCCCAUCCUGACCAUCCUUGCCACCCUUCUUCAGCCACCAAAUGGCCGAAGCACUCCUGGAAACCCCGAUGUCCAGAGGCAAAUUCUUCAAUACAACGGCCUCUCGACCCUGUUAAAUUGUGUGGCGUACGAUGGCUACCAGCCCCUUUCUAGAGAGCGUGUGACCCUCUGCUUGAAGUGGCUAGUCGAAGGAAACAAUGACGCGGCAGAGUGGUUCAAGGAGCUUUUCAAACACACGGAAGCGGCGGGGAAAUCUGGCGCUCCCGACCUUGCUCGUGAAACUCGUGAAACUCGUGAAGUCGCCUCAGAUGUGCAGAAGCAGCGCCGCGCCGCGCUUGCCGCUCAGUCCGCGGCGGCGGCAGGCCCCUCGGUUGCCCCGCAGCCUCCCCGCCACAUCCGUCCGAGUUGA